UGCCCAAGAAAUUUGAAUACAGGGAAAUGUUUGCCUUAUAAUACAAGGUCUCACGUCAGUGUAAGAAAAGAGCAGCAGUGGAAACAAGUAGAAACAGGAUCAGGUCACCUUGAGUGCAGGAGCUGGAGGAUUCGACUUCAGCAUCAGGAAGAACCAAACCAAGCAUCAUGUGUGGCCCAUUUAAAAGCUGCCAGGCCAUUUUACGCCUCUUGGAAAUCAUCUUCACCGCUUUGGCCUUCAUCAUCGUCACGUCCCGUGGCGGGAUGGUGCAUCCAUGGGGAGUCUGGUGCGAGUUUGUCUGGAUUUUCUGCAUCAUCGUGCCUCUGGUGCUGUUGGUGAUGGAGGCAAUGUCGUGGCACAUACUCCUGGCCACCUGCCUCCCCGACUGGGCCGACCUGAGCUGCGGGCUGACCAUGCUGUGUGCCGCCAUGAUCACCUCUGCCACAAUCAUCUUUGCAGUCGUGUACCUCUGCCUCUCCUGCAUCAUCAACAUCCUGUGUCUCAUCUUCUCCCUGGUCGCCACCGUUGUUUUCCUGGUCGACACUGUAAAGCAGAAGCUCAAAUGUCCAAACGGCUACCUCUCCCGUCUGAGAGGCCUCCUUCGCAUGUCAGAGGCCUUCAUUGCUUGUAUCAUUCUCACCGCUGCCUCCGACUACUUUGUGAAUCAGAAUUGGUCUGAUCCUCCUUUUGGGAUGAUAUGCAGCGUCGCUGUGUUUGCCCUUUGCCUCCUGGUCACCGUGCUCAUCAUCAUCCUCUAUCUGCUCAGGCUCCUGCAAGGCCUCCUCUCGCUUAACCUCGGCUUGAUGGAGUUUGUGUUCAACAUCGUGGUGGUGCUGUCGUACAUGCUCGCCAUCAUUCUCUGGAUUGUCUUUGGUUCCAAACACUACAACAACAACCCUUACUUCUGUGAGCACUGCUCCUACAGAGACUUUAUCACUGUCAUCGUCGGAGCCUUCAUCAACCUGGUGCUUUACCUGGUCGACCUGGUUUUAUCCUUCAAAUCUCGCUAGACGCACGAACAUGAAAAUGUAUUUGCUCUUAUUAGAUCUUGUUAUCUCCUCAGGCUACUUAGCAGUGUGCGGUGUGUUAUGUAUUAAUUGCUGCAAUGUUAUAAUUGAUUUAAAGCCCAAAUCUGAGU